GGUCGGAGAAAGUCCAUGUGAGGAGGGAGCCAGCGGAAAUCACUUCCUGCUGCCGCCGCCGCCGCCGCAGCGGCCGGGACCGACUCGCUGGGGAGUGAAGGGGAGACGGAGGAAGGAAAGGACCAGGCUAGGGGUGGGGGGACGCGGCUGCCACUGCAGGCCACGGUGAAGCCCCUGGCCCCGGAGUCCCCGAGCUGGCGUCCCGGGUGCGUAAAGCUGCCUGCAGGUACUUCAUUCUCUGUGGACCCUGGGCUCUGUUUGUUUCUCUCUUCUCUUCUUUGCUGCUCCUAAACUAAGAUGUGCCCUUCUUUGGAACCAGCUGUGUUGAAUGUCUGAGGUGUCCUGGCUCCUUGCCCAGUCAUGUCCCAGAUGUUGCACAUAGAGAUCCCCAAUUUUGGGAACACUGUCCUGGGCUGCCUGAAUGAGCAGCGUCUGCUGGGUCUCUACUGUGAUGUCUCCAUAGUCGUCAAGGGGCAAGCCUUCAAGGCCCACCGGGCAGUCCUGGCGGCCAGCAGCCUCUACUUCCGGGACUUGUUCAGUGGGAACAGCAAGAGCGCCUUUGAGCUGCCCGGCACCGUGCCCCCUGCCUGCUUCCAGCAGAUCCUCUCCUUCUGCUACACUGGGAAGCUCAGAAUGGCGGCGAGCGAGCAGCUCGUGGUGAUGUACACGGCCGGCUUCCUGCAGAUCCAACACAUUGUGGAGCGGGGCACAGACUUGAUGUUCAAGGUGAGCUCGCCCCACUGUGACUCACAGACCGCCAUGAUCGAGGACACCAGCUCGGAGCCCCAGAGCCCCUGCAACCAGCUGCAACCAGGCCCUGCACCCUAUGUCAUGUCCCCCUCUGUGCCCAUCCCGCUUCUCACCCGUGUGAAGCAUGAGAACCUGGAGCUCCAGCCGGCAGCAGGCCCAGGCCUGGCUGCCAAGCGGCCCCUGGAAGCUGGGGCCCGGGAUGGAUCGGGGGGCGGCGGGGUGGCAGUGGGCGGGGCGGCACCUCUGAAGCUGUCUCGAGUCUCGUACUAUGGGAUGCCCAGCCUGGCCACUCUCAUCCCCAACAUCCAGCAGGUACAGUACUCCCAGGGUGAGAGGACCAGCCCCGGGGCCAGCAGCCUCCCCACCACUGACAGCCCCACCUCCUACCACAACGAAGAGGAUGAGGAGGACGACGAGGCCUAUGACACAAUGGUAGAGGAGCAGUACGGCCAGAUGUACAUCAAGUCCACUGGCAGCUACUCAGUGCAAGAGAAACCAGAGCAGAUUCCUCUGGAGAGCCGCUCUUGUGUCCUGAUCCGAAGAGACCUGGUAGCCCUUCCUGCAAGCCUCAUUAGCCAAAUCGGCUACCGCUGCCACUCUAAACUCUACUCGGAGGGUGACCCUGGUGAGAAGCUGGAGCUUGUUGCAGGCUCUGGAGUCUACAUCACACGGGGUCAGCUGAUGAACUGUCACCUCUGUGCCGGUGUGAAACACAAAGUCUUACUGAGACGGCUUCUUGCUACUUUCUUUGAUCGGAAUACACUAGCCAACAGCUGUGGGACUGGAAUCCGCUCCUCUACUAGUGAUCCCAGCCGGAAACCUUUGGACAGCAGAGUCCUUAAUGCCGUGAAAUUAUAUUGUCAGAAUUUUGCCCCAAGCUUUAAAGAGAGUGAGAUGAACGUCAUAGCUGCAGACAUGUGCACCAAUGCUCGUCGAGUUCGCAAACGGUGGCUGCCCAAGAUCAAGUCCAUGCUGCCCGAGGGGAUGGAGAUGUACCGAACGGUCAUGGGCUCCACCACUGCCGGUGUCCCCCUGGAGCCUGAGUUCCAGGCCACCACAGCCCAAGUAUUUGAGCAGAGAAUCUACGCAGAGCGGCGGAAUGAUGCCGCCACCAUUGUGGCUCUGAGAACUAACACGGUCAAUGUAGACCUAAGCAGUGCUUCCAACCCGCCGUUUGAGCCAAGUGAAGAGGCAGAUGGGGCUGGUUCAGUCAUUCAGGAGGUGGCUGGGCCAGAGCCCCUAUCCUCGGAUAGCCAAAGCACUCCCCAAUCUUUUGAACAAGGUCCUGCCAGCACCAGCAGGCCGGAGACACCGGUGAGAAGACAAGAUGGUACUUAUGGAGGGACUUUGUAAAGAUACCUAAAGAGAAGAAAAAAAAAAUUGACUUAUAAGGGAUCUAAAUACUAAAGCUGCUUGCAUGCAUACUAAUACAAAAAAAAUGUGAUCAAGCCACUUACCUACUGAACUGCUACUGUUGCCUGAAAAAAAUGUGAUUUUUAUUCUGCUUGUAUUUAAAAUUUAUGAAGGAAAUAAUCGCAUUCGUUAUACUGUAAAUGAUUAGGUCAGUGAUGGCCUAUUUAAAAGAGAGUUCCUGGGCUCUAUUUUUUUUUUUUAAUACUCCUGAGGUUAGACUCUACACUUGUAGCUUUUUUCUCCCCUUCCUUACAAGGGGAUGGGGUGAAGGAGGACUGAGACAUCACCUCCCAUUGUUUCUGCACCCAGGUCCUUUCCAUCCCUUUCUUCCCAGCGCAGAACUAAAGCCAUUGUUAAUUCCUCCUUGCUCUAUAGAAGGUUGUGCCAUCACUCAGGAGGAGAAAGUUUUUGGAUGGUCAGAGAAUGCCUGGCAGUUCAUGGACCCACAGGACUUGGCAAGGUGAUUGACUGGAGGUGCUUCACUUAACACUCCAUUCCUAACUUGUAGUGGUCCUCAUCUUGAGGGUCUUUAUGUGCAUCAGGCCUAUGGAGGCUGGGGAUGGGCAGGCUGAGGUGAGGCAGAGAGCUUUCCCCAGGAAGUCCCCUCAAACUCCUUUUCCCCUGUGUUCCCCCCCACCCCCACCCCAACUGAGACUCUUUUUCAGUGUCAGGAUUAGCCAUGGUUCCAUAUUUGUGUUUCUCAUGCGUGUGCUUUGGGGGUCACAGCAGCAGGGUAUGGGGGAGGUGAGAGUAUUAUUGGUAUGGGAGUGUUAGGACAUGUUGGUUGGCACUGAUUGGUGUAUGUGAAUAUGUGAAGACAUCCCAUUGUCCUUACUCUUCCCCUCUCUUCCCUUCCCAAUCAGAUCCCUAUUUCUCUUCCUACUAAAUGAGGCACCACUCAAUAUAGCCUUCAGUGAGUUAGUCCUCUGAGUUGGCUUUAACUUCUUCCCCCACCCCAAACUGUGCAUUCUUUAUCUCUUCCACAUCCCUCAUGUGAAACCCUAUUUUCAUGAAUCUGAGGGACCACUUGCCUGGUGGUGGUCACCCUGGAGGAGUUGGGGGGAGCCAUGAUGAGUCUGUAGGAGUUAGCUGGGUGGUAGAGGUAUGGUUACAGGCUUGGCCCUUCUUAGGGUUCACUUGGAGCUCCCAUGAUUUCUUCAAGAGUGAGUUUAACGUGAGGGGAUGAACUCCAGAGAGCCUCCCCCUCCCUCCUGUUAAGUAAGAGCAGGGGUGAAAGGGAUUGUUCAUCUCUUGGCUUUCCUUUUUAUGUGGAAUAGUUUUGUGACUAUCCUGGAACCCUUUGAAUUUUGUAUGGCCUUACGUUCUUUGAUUGAAAGGCAAAACUCCAUUUCCCAAUUUCUUUGUCUUCCUUCCCCUCUACUCCAAAUAGACCAAAUUUUUGCAAAUGAGGCAUAGACUCGUUGUCCACUCUUUUUUCGUGAAAUAUGGCCAUUGCCCCAUUUAGGAGAAGUGACAACUUGGUUUUGACAGGCAGAGAGCUUUUUCCAAACUAUCGAUUGGUGAAAGCCAGACCAUGUGGCUUUCCGUGACCUCUGCUGCAGGAGGAAGAGGCCAGACCUGGAGGCAGGGGCCAGGGUUGGGGAAAGUCAGGGUCAGGUUUAGGUGAAAGAAAAUGUAUCUCUGCCAUUUUCCUUGUCCAGUGAUGAGUCCUUGUCUCCAUUUCCAUUUGGAGAGGGUUUUCCAUUGCUGACACUCUCAGUAGAGGGCAGAUGGCUUGCCCCUCCUGGGAAUGUUUGGCCAGGGAGCAAGGUGAUGCUUUGCCUGUGUAGACCCCCUAGGUUAAAGGGGGAUCUGGAAUGUGUGUAGGUGCUUGUGCAAGUAGUGACAGUGAAUUGGGGCUUGUGCUCAGUGGAGAGAUUCAUGAGUCCUAGUGCAUAGGGGAAAACAGAGUCCCUCACCCCGUGACUUCUUCUUGGUGCCAUUUCUUUUUUCUUCCCCCACUCCCGCUACCACCAUGGACAGUGGAUCCUAAGAAGAAUGUUUUUUGACUGAAUCCAAUGCUCAAUAUGUGCCAAUAGUUCCUCUCCAUCAUAAUCUCUGCUUUCAUUCUACAUGGCUGUCUAGAUGUAGGUUUAUAUCCAACUGUGUGGAAUUCAGAAAUGGGGAAAGGGUCAUGAGCAGAAGCUGGAUUAGUGAAUGAAUGGUCAUACUGUCUACUUGUGUUGUGGACAAUGUGGAGUCCAUGGUGUUUGUAAAGAAGAAAUAUAGGCAGUUUCACUGGUAUGAAACUAGUGCUUAGUACUGUAGCAUUGGGGGGAUGCUUUUAGAGUUUAAGAUGAGGGUGGGAGGGUGGUCAGAAUGUUGUGAAAGGGCAAUGGAAGAGGUGGUUGUUUUUGUUUUUGUUCUAAAUUUUCUGAGAUUGAAAUAUGCUCACUUUGCAAUUUAAUUUUUUUAAAGCCAAGGAAAAAAAAACAACUAGUGCAACAUCCACAUAAAUGGUCACUGGUCAGUGACUUCUUCCUUUGUGGAUCACAUGCUUUGGGGUUUUUUGGGGGGGGGCAUUCCUCUACUUCCUACCCCAGUGAAAGGGGGCUCCAGAAGGCAGCUCUCCCAUCUUGGGUCAUUGUUUAUUUAGCCAGAUACUUGAAACUGUUUGUAUAUUUCAUAGAAAUGCUUGCUUGCUUCCUUUCUGCCUGCCCUAAAACUCCCUUCCCUAUUUGAUACCCCUCUGUAUUUAAACAAAAACAACCUACACGCUUGGGUUUGUAGUUCAGCUCCCAUUCUGGGCAGUUAUGCAUUUCCAUUUGCAGAAUGUCUGCAGUGGAUUCUGUCAGGGGUUUUGUGGGGGAAGAGCGAGUUUUGACAAAUGACACCUUGGCCAUCCAGGAGUCUUUGUUAACACCACCACCCCCUCCCCCAACCAGGUCUAAGGUGUCAGUUUCUCUGAUAUUCCCAUUGAAUCUGAAGUCUCCUUUGCAGAUUCUACCACCCCACCAAAAAUGAACUAAGAUUAGUACCCCUAGAAGAGAGGGCCUUUUCAGCACAAGAAGUCACUUUAUCCUAGCAUUGCCAUAAAAACAUAUGAUGACUUUUAAACAGGAUUCACAUUUUCCUUUGAAGCCCUUGAACAUUAUUUCCACACCCCACUUUGCAUGGCAGAGGUCAUGAAACCAGCUAAAAUCACCCUCAACAGAGCUAGCAUCCUCCCUUUCGCCCACCCUCUGUCUGAAAUCUCCUAUGCCCGGCCCUCCCUUGAAUGUCCACAGGUCUAGAUCUUUAUUCUUGCCCAUCAUCAAUGGAGCUAUAGGGCAUAGGAAGUCAUACAAGGGUCCGUAAGGAGUGACAAGACAUCACCCUUCAGUUCCAAUGCCUCUACUCACAAUAGGCUUCAGCUCAUGGUCUUCACAUCAUUAGCCCUGACUGCCAUAUUAAGAACUCAGGCUAUAAUUCUUCUUCCAUGCCCCAGCCUUUGAGUGAGUAUAUGAAUUUUUGGAAAGAGUCCUAGAGGACUCUCCCAGACAUGGGCAAAGUAUGGCUCAGCCAUGAUUUAGGCUUUCAUAGGCUGGGAAGGCAGAAUCCCUAUUGUUGUACACAUGUGGGGAAUACAUGGUUAUUGUGGCCAGAUUUUUUGAGGCUAUUGAAGGGAAUCUGAGACUUGAGAAUGGAGAGAGUCAAGGUCUUAGGAGAUGUGAAGUAUGUAAUAUUGUAUUGAUGUCUCAGAGAAAGAAAGGUAAAAUUGAAAUUCAGUCCUUUCUUCUGGGUUGGGCUGGCGUGUAUUUUGAGAACAGAGGAAAUUAAUUACUCUAGCUUUCUUCUCUGCCUCUAGGGUGGGAGUCCAAGGAGCAUCUCCUAUCUGCAGUGUCCCUUGUAUAUUAAAACCACCCAGUGUUCCUUUCAUUUUUUAAGUAAGUUGAGGAUUUUUCACUUCAUUCCCUGCCACAAUGGCACUUUUAAUUUGAGUUUUGCUUGAGAAACAUUCAGAACCGAGAGAUGUGAUAUCAUUGGUGAAUGAAAAAGGCUUUAUCCGUCAAGAAACUGCCACAAGAAAAAUCCAAUAUGGUGGUCACAGUCAAGAGACACAAGUAUGGAUAAGCUGUGUAGUUAUGAAUAGUGGCUGAAUUGAGCAGAAUAGGUGAAAGACAUAGUGGUUUUAUCAGACAAGAUUGUAGGUUGCACAGAUAAAAUUUAUCUAUUUUUUUAUACCUAGCACAACUUCCUAGUUUUUAUUUUCUUUUUUCAUUUUUCAUUUUUCUUUUCUUUCUUUUUUUUGGUGUUUCUUUUUUCCCUUUUUUUGGUUCUGGGUUAAGAAGACAGAAUUUGUUAAAACUUUAAAAAUGUGAAUGGGUUUUGAGCUCUCCCUUUUUCUCUGGGUGAGGGUGAGUGUUUUGCACUAAUGUUUCCUGUAUGUAGAGGAUUAAUGAAUGAUAUGUUUGCAAAUGUAUAUGGGAUGAUGAUUGUAUCCUUUGAGGAAAACCAAUCCCUGAAGAUACUGAAUGUAAAGUGAAACAGAAGCAGUCCUUGGCUUUCAUGGGGCUUUCCAGAGUGCCUUAGAAUUUUUUGGAUCAUUUUUCCCAAGGAAAACAUUUUCAAAAUCAGACCAUGUUUCCCUCUAUUUUGUUUACAACACUAUCAAUUCCAGAAUUGGGGGCUGCUUUGUCAUGUGAAUAUGAAACUGCAUUUAUCUAGAUCUGCUAGAACAAAAGAGGAAAAAAACCCCUCAGUAUUUAUGAUAUGUCUGCACCUUUAUUCUUACAUUUGACUAUUAGCAAUAUAUGUAUAAUAUAUCUCUAUAUUCUAUUAUAUAUCUAAAUUAUAUCAAGCACCUUUUUGAGGAAUAAAUUUUUUUAAAAAAGAAGAAAGACUGAACACAGUUUGAGCUAACGUUACAUGCAGUUGCCAAUAGUAGGCCAGACAUCUGCUCUUGUCCUAGUAGAUGUGAGUAAGGAUUCAAAACUGAGUCCCAAAGUCAUUAGGGCCUUGAUACCAGGGUGUCAGGACAUUGCUCACUUAGGCCCACCAUGUGCUGGACCCCUGUACAGUUCUUGGUUUAACACAAGGUUGUAAAAGAGCACAGAGGGAACAGAUGGUCCAGUGGUGAGCAAACACUAAAUCACAAUUGUCCAUUAAAUAUAGCAGAUACUGCUGGCUUUGUGUUGAGGUCCUCUCGGAACUUGAAUUCUCUGUAUUGUUUUCUGCCCUGUCUCUGGUCUUGCCUGAGAGGUCUGUUUGUGUUUGUUCUUGGGUUGUUGUUUUUUUUUUUCCCCCUUCUCCUUCUUCUUAACUAUGGUGUAGGAUCUGUGGAAAAAAAAGGGGGGGGGGGGUUGCAAGUGAAAGUGGAAAUGCUAAUCUUUGGAGCCCUGAGAGAGUGAGAGAGAGAGAGAGAGAGAGAGAGAGAGAGAGAGAGAGAGAGAGAGAGAGAGAGAGAGAGAGGCAGGACAGUGCUCUGGGCCUCCCCAAUCUGUUCUCUUUAACUGUAUUUGAAGGAAAUAUUUUCCAUCAGCCUAUCGCCUCUUUUGUGAUUCCCUCUGUUAUAUUGUCAAAGGCCUGGGUUGGGAUUAAAAAAAUAUCCUGGCUUUUGAGUUAUAACUUACUGAGUGUGUUUAUUUUAUUUUUCUUUCCUGGAUUCUCUUUCUUCAAUAUUCCUAUUUUAGUGCUGUGAUGAAGGUGCUGGGUAAAAAUUCUGAGAUCUGGGAGGCUGGGGAUCAAGGAGAGCAAGAGAAGGACAGUCACACAACUCUGCUCUCCUAGUCCCUCCAAGGGUUUAGAGAACUUUACAUGGGCACCUUUGAUGUUGAUUCCAUCGACCCACCGAGACCAAGUAUUUCUAACCCUCUGGGAUGUUUUAAGCAAGGCAGAUGCUCUUAGUCCUGGGUUUGUCAAUCGAUCCACCGGAAUGUUGAAGGUGAGCUGUGAUGGGACUCAGGCUUUUUGACAGCCCAUCAUGUUUGGAAUUACUUCCCUAUUUAACCCAUGUUUAAAGGACCAUAGCCUUCUAGAUAGGUUACUCGGUUACUCGAUGAGGCCCUGCUGCCUCUCCCCAGUCAUUUUAUCGUUCCGGGUUCUGUUCAGAUGGAUUAGUUUUAUGGAAAUCGCUUGCUGCAAGUGGGGAAGGGCCUAUGGCCCAUUAACCAACUGAAAACGCAGAGACAACCUCUGUUUGCUUCCACUGGCAGUAAAUCGUAAACACAGAAUUGAGAGUUCAUAGCUGUCUUGGGCUUUAACUACUGUUUCAAAAUGUCCCUGCUGUAUAAAUUUGUCAUUAUGUCAGUGAGCAAGCCCCAAAUGUGUGUAUUACCAUACCAGAGAUAUUCAGGGCUGGGUACAAGAUGUUUCUAAAAUUGAAAAGUGGUUUUUUCUUUUUCUUUUUUUUUAAUAAAAAAGGAAAAAAAUAUGCAGAAAUCUAAAGCACUCAAAUUGGAAAACCUUCUCAUGUUCUGAUCAGUUGCUUCCAUUGUCAGCGUUUUGCACAUAAUUGUGAUUUUUAUGUCAAAAAAAGGCCAAAACUUGCAAUACUAUUUUUAGCAGACAAAAAAAAAAACAACUUAAGUAUAAAUGUAUAAAUAUUUUUGACUUGAAGAUUUGGAUGGCACUUGACUCAAAUAGAACAUUAAUCCUUUGGACAGAAUGUUUGGAAAAAAGAGACUUUAAAAAGUAGAUGGUUGUUUUAAAAAUUUUUUUAAAUGGAGUCUGUUUAGAGUAGUAAAGUAGUACUGUAAUUCAUGACUGUUAAAUAAAAAAUAAACAAUUGAGUGAAAUAAAUCGUUCCUACUCUGGACAGGCAGUUUCACAGUGCCACGGAGUUACAUUUCAGCCACAAAAGAUGCUAGUUUGUUCUUUUUUUUUUUUUUUUUAAGAACAGAUAAAGUUUUGUUACUUCACCAGUAUUUAUGUGUUGUUACUCUGUAUAGUUAAGAGUCUUACUUUUUAGCCAUGGCUGACACAUUAUAUCAGUAACUAAAAUGACAUUGAACAGCCGACCAAGGAAACCCCGAGAGUUUGAAGUGUGCUCAUAGCUGUCUCCAUCAGAUGCAAAAUCCAUGAAGGAGGAUAUGAUCAUUAAUUGUAAAACGCUUUGUAAAAUUCACAUUUACAAAAUAAUAAAGUCGAUUCCAAUUCAA